AUGACACUAGAACAGGUCAAACCAGGACUGCCUUUCACGUUAAAUAAUAAAAAAACAUCCCGUCUUGGCUGCAUUGAGUCCAAGCGCCGUCGUAUCAAGUGCCAUGAACAACGGCCAGUAUGUUCGCAAUGUACAAUAUCAGAGCGGACCUCAUCCUCAACAGGGGAGACGACAGAAUCGACUUCAACGGUCGCUGAUGCUAAUCCCCCUGGAGAGCCAGCAGCCAACAUGCUUCACACGGAUCGCCUGUAUCAGUUCAUGCAUUCCACGAUUCAUCUUUCCUCCAUGCUCGGGUUGCACAUACUGUGCAAAACUCUCAUCUCCCGUGAUGGUGACUUUAAUGGCUUCCUCGACUCCUUUGUUCCUUGUCUCCGUUUACAUCAAGACGUGCGUGUCAUUAUCGGAAGGAGCUGGAGCAUGUUAUUGCAGACUAGUAAUCUCGGGCAGACUUUGGACUCUGCAGAAAGACAGUUACAGAGCGAUGGGAGCCUGGGCCCAGGAUGUACCCACCUAUUGGCACCCAUACAGCAGUCCAACUUGGGUCCCUCCAUCACUGAAACCUAUCGACAAACAAUCGAAGCAUUGCAUGUACCGUCGGAAUACAUCGACCUCCUCGCCCUUCGUAGCCCCGACGCUCUUACUGUGAUGGCAGAUUACGGGUCGGUUAUUGAUUAUUUGGGGCCCGCUUGGUCGGAAUGGUUGGAAUUCCCAAGUCAUGUGCUGAGUGCAGGUUCACACGGAAAGUAG